UCUACCCACCGACAUUCUGAUCACUGCCCCGUGUUAGCAUAUUCGAUGCGGCCAUAUCGGAUCUUCAAGUGUGGCAAACAAAUGCAUGUGCGUUUAUAAACCGCAGCGCGGACAGAAGUAGACUUGCGCCCUCUACCGCCCGACAACGCGGCAUGUACGAAAAGCGCCCUCUAUACGACCAUAACCCGCUCGCUGGAUACCUCAGGUCUGAGCGAAGGGAGCGCCCGAGCCCCAGCGGACGGACAAGUAUCAUAGCGACGAGCAGAGGGACACGUGCAGAAUGUCUCAAGUCAACACAAUUCCGUGGUAGCAGCGUCCGCCGAACGCACUUCUUGCAAACGUCGCAGUCAAAGCAUCUUAUCAUGAAAGUCAUCCUCGCAAUGCUGGCCAUUGCAAGCAUCGCAAGUUCGACGCCGCUUACGACGGCUGUAUUGAGUGCAAGAGCCAAUCUUGGAUGUUUCCUCAGAUGGACUGUCAACUUCGGUGGAUCUACAGUCUGCUCCCCUGCCAAAUUCUCCGUCGUUAACUCACUUGCCCCGACGAGCAAAUCGCUGGCUUUCAAUCUUCGUACCGCCUACAUCAGUGGACCAGUACCUGCUGCGUUCGACCUUGCUGGCAGCGAUGCUGCUGUUCAGGUCAUCUCCUACACGAAUGCGCAAUCGUUCGAUGGUUGCAGUGAGCUGACAAUCGCCAGCUACACUAUAUAUGUCAAGCAGGCCCUCGCCGGGCCAUCGGGACACUGCUGCUCGUCGUUUGUGGGCUUCAACGUGGAUCUCGUCGGUGACGGCGAGGACGGUCCUGUUGCAGACAAGCCGUACAAUAUCAACGUUGCCACUGAGUGUGACACUGCCAGAUGCCCGAGUUGGGCAGGUUCGCGACCACAUUGCCCACUUGGCGGUCUCACGAUUGAUGUAGUAGCUCCCAUGUGAUCUGCUCACUCGGAUCCGCUAGCCAUCAUUGCAGCAUCCUGUAAUGAUCUCAAUCAUGCUCUCAUU